CAAACCAUUUUUUCCAGAAACCCUCAGAUUUCUGUUUUUCUCUUCUGAGAUUCGAAAUCAAGAAAUAAAAGAUUCUCUCUCUCUCUCUCUCUCUCUCUCUCUCUCUCUCUCCUUUCUUCAAAGCUAAAAAAUCCAACCAUAGAAAACUCCUUCCCAACACAUUUCAACCACUCUCCAAUACGACUUCCCAACGCUUCUCUACUCCUCACCAUUUUUUAAUUAUAUUGAAUAAAUCCUUAAGAACCCAAAUACUCUCUCUGCGAUUCCUGGGCAUUUCCGGAUCGGAGGUUGGAUUUUCGGCGCAGAAAAUGGGUUUUGGGAUCUGGGUUUUUCGUGUUUUUGCAGUUCUUGCUCUUGUUUCGAUCGUGGGUGCUGAGGAGAUCGAGCAGAAUCAGAAGACAGAGAGGAUUUCAGGAAGCGCUGGCGAUGUUUUGGAAGACGACCCCGUUGGAAGGUUGAAGGUGUUUGUUUAUGAACUGCCAAGCAAGUACAAUAAAAAGAUACUUAAGAAGGAUCCCAGAUGCCUCACUCACAUGUUUGCUGCCGAGAUCUUCAUGCACCGGUUCUUGUUGUCGAGCCCCGUCCGAACUCUCAAUCCGGAGGAAGCUGAUUGGUUCUACACCCCUGUGUACACUACUUGUGACCUGACCCCUAAUGGGCUCCCACUGCCUUUCAAAUCACCUCGGAUGAUGAGAAGCGCGAUACAGCUGAUUUCUACAAACUGGCCUUAUUGGAAUAGGACGGAAGGUGCAGACCACUUCUUCGUCGUUCCGCAUGACUUUGGCGCAUGCUUUCACUAUCAAGAAGAGAAAGCCAUUGAACGUGGGAUUCUUACGUUGCUUAGGCGGGCCACACUAGUUCAGACUUUUGGGCAACGGAAUCAUGUUUGUUUGGACGAGGGCUCGAUAACCAUUCCUCCAUAUGCUCCUCCGCAAAAAAUGCAAGCGCACCUUAUUCCUCCUGACACUCCUCGCUCUAUCUUUGUUUACUUCCGUGGUUUGUUCUACGACGUUGGAAAUGAUCCUGAAGGCGGUUAUUAUGCAAGAGGGGCGCGCGCAUCGGUGUGGGAGAACUUCAAGGACAACCCGCUCUUCGACAUCUCCACAGAGCACCCGACGACUUACUACGAGGACAUGCAGCGGGCUGUCUUCUGUCUGUGUCCUCUGGGGUGGGCCCCGUGGAGUCCAAGGCUGGUGGAAGGGGUCAUAUUUGGCUGCAUACCAGUGAUCAUAGCGGAUGACAUUGUACUGCCCUUUGCAGAUGCAAUCCCAUGGGAGGAUAUUGGUGUCUUCGUGGCCGAAGAGGAUGUCCCGAACUUGGACACGAUCCUCACAUCAAUAUCGCCUGAGGUGAUACUGCGGAAACAGAGGUUGCUUGCAAAUCCUUCGAUGAAGCAAGCUAUGUUGUUCCCACAGCCGGCCCAACCAGGCGAUGCAUUCCAUCAGAUAUUGAACGGUCUUGCUCGUAAGCUGCCGCAUGAUAGGAGUGUUUACUUGAGGCCGGGUGAGAAGGUUUUGAACUGGACUGCAGGUCCAGUCGGCGAUCUGAAACCUUGGUAGCCGGGGGCAGCUUCUUUCCUGAGCUGGAUCAUGAAAAUCAAAGGUGUUGUAUAUUCAUCAUGGAUCGUCAACCUGUCUGAGUCAGUCGAGUCUGAAUGUCUGAUCUGGUUUGGGACCAUGAAUCACCCCCUCUAAUAUACCGUGUUCAGCUCGGCUCGGAUGAGUCACCCCGACUCACCUGGGUCCCAACUCAACUUGGGACCAGACGAGUCUGUCCGAGCCGUCCAGUCAGGAAAACAUGAUCCCAAUUUAAGGUGUAAAUCUUGCUGCUGAGAAUGUUGCAUUAUAGGUUCUUUUUGUAGCUUUUUUAUUGGAUUGUUUAUAAGUGAUUUUUGAAUGUCAAUGUCAAUGCAUUAAUGUUUCCAUCUUAACCGAUGUUUUCAUGAGUCA